CCACAAAAGAAUGUCCAAUUCCGGUUCGUACAAUGAUAACAAUCAAAAUGGUUACGGCAGUAGUAGUAGCUAUGGCUCAAAUUUUCUACAACCUCCCGGAAUGAAUGAUCGCCUGACGAGUAUUCAAUCGAGAAGAAAAUUUAGUUUUCCUGCAACGCUACAUUCUGCAAAUCUACUGGAGGUUAAUCAAAUAUCAACACGUCGUCGUUUAAGUAAUGUCAGUGAUGUGGUCACCAGGAAACUCUCCUAUACCAUCGGAUGGAAAGGUGCUCAAAUACCAGCCCAGGAAAUUGUUUCGCAAGGACGCUGUCUAUGUGGUCAAUACAUAAAAAGGCGUUUAAGACGUUCCGGGCUUUUUAAUAAGAAAUUGGGGCUACAACGGAUUCGAAGUAUUUUGGGUACAUCGACUAUGUCAGUGGUGCGGGAGGUAUUUCCCGCAGUUAUGGUGCUUGGCGAUGAAUUGGAACGCAUGCAUCCUCGCAUUUAUACCGGUGUGGCUCGUCAAAUUUGCCGAAACCCAGGUGGGGAAUUCCAAUCGGCCGACACGGUAUUACUUCUGGUUAGCGCUGUGGCUCGUGAACUUUUCCGCAUGGAUAUAACAUGGAGUAAAAUUGUUUCACUGUUUGCCAUUGCCGGUGGCCUAUCGGUGGAUUGUGUUCGCCAGGGACAUCCUGAGUAUUUGCCGAAAUUAAUGCAAAGUGUUUCCGAUGUCAUUGAAGAUGAAUUAGUGCCUUGGAUUAAUGAAAAUGGUGGAUGGGUUGGCAUCAACAAUCACGUCCAUCCGGCCACGAAUAAAUUGAAUCCCCUGGAAUGGACCACCAUUAUUGUUGGCAGUAUUUUUGGUUUAGUAUUAAUUUAUAUGUUUAUUAGAUUUGUUGUUACUUAUUUAGUACCAAAAGUGUAUGACAGAAUUACAGGUAAAUAAAAACACACAACUG